CUCUUCACCUAUGAAGGCAACAGCAACGACCUGCGCGUGGCCGGCAGCGGAGCCGGCGGCCUCCAGGAGAUGGUGGAGGAGCUCAACAGCGGCAAGGUGAUGUACGCCUUCUGCAGGGUCACCGACCCCAACUCCGGCCUCCCCAAAUACGUCCUCGUCAACUGGACAGGGGAAGGUGUCAACGACGUGCGGAAAGGAGCCUGCGCCAACCACGUCAGCACCGUAGCCAACUUCCUGAAGGGCGCUCACGUCACCAUAAACGCUCGCGCUGAGGAGGACGUGGAGCCGGAGCUCAUCAUGGAGAAGGUGGCCAAGGCUUCRGGGGCGAACUACAACUUCCACAAAGAGAGCAGCAGGUUCCAGGAUUCGGGUCCUCAGGCUCCGGUGGGCUCCGUCUAUCAGAAGACGAACGCGAUGUCGGAGCUCAAGAGAGUCAAUAAGGACAAUUUUUGGGCCAAAGCAGAGAAAGACGAGGAAAACCGCCGGCUGGAGGAGAAGAGGCGGGCGGAAGAGGAGCGCCAGAGGCUGGAAAGGGAGCGGCGCGAGCGGGAGCUGCAGGAGGCGGCCGGGCGCGAGCAGCGGUACCAGGCGAGGUCCAGCGAGAUCGAGGCGCAGAAGAGAUUCCAGCAGCAGCAGGAAGCGGAGAGCAGGGACAGGGAGCAGCAGCAGUGGAAGGAGCAGGCGGAGGAGUACGAGGCCCAGCAGCGAAAGGGCUUCAAGAGGAGCGAGUCGGUGGAGAAAGCCCAGGAGGCCGCCUCGCUCAUAGCGCAGAGGUCCGUGAACCCCCGGGACAUCUUCAGGCAGCGGGAGAGGUCCAUGCCCGCGGACACGGCGGCGGCGGCGGCUUCGCAGCCGGGCAAACUGCGCAGCCCCUUCCUGCAGAAGGAGCCCGCRGGGCCACCAGCCUCCGCCACCGUCGCCUCGGCCCCGCGGGAGGCUCCGCCGUCCUCCUUCCCCCAUCCCUCUGCUCAGGAGACGCCUCCGGACUCACCAGGAGCCACGUCAGGCCGGAAUGCCGGCGCGCCGCCCGCCGAAGAGGCCGCCGUGUACGAGGAGCCGCCCGAGCACGGGGCCAUCUACGAGGAACCGCCUCAGGACCACACGGACRAUGCCAACUACGGCUACGGGGCCGAGUACCAGCAGACACCGGACCUGGCGGGCAAGGGGCUCUGCGCCCGCGCGCUCUACGACUACCAAGCCGCCGACGACACGGAGAUCUCCUUCGACCCCGAGAACAUCAUCACCAACAUCGAGAUGAUCGACGAGGGCUGGUGGCGCGGCUACGGGCCCGACGGCCACUUCGGCAUGUUCCCCGCCAACUACGUGGAGCUCAUUGAGUAGCGGAGCGGGGAGCACCAGCGGCCCCCAAAGCACUCGCCUCCCAGCCCGCCCUUCCAACCAGUGUGUGGCUUUUCCCAUUUUUCCUCUUCUUUUUUCC